UGCCUGCGCCUGGUGCGCGAGGCGCGCGACUUCCAGGCGGCGCGCUACGACCGUCACGAUCGCGGGCCCUGCCCCCGGAUGCGCCCGCGCCCAUCCACUGGCCUCGCCGAGAUCCUCGUUCUAGUGGGCGGCUGUGACCAGGACUGUGACGAGUUGGUCACCGUCGACUGCUACAACCCGCAGACGGGCCAGUGGCGCUACCUGGCCGAGUUCCCCAACCACCUGGGCGGGGGCUACAGCAUCGUGGCGCUGGGCAACGACAUCUACGUGACAGGCGGGUCCGACGGCUCCCGGCUCUACGACUGCGUGUGGAGGUACAACUCGAGCGUGAACGAGUGGACUGAGGUGGCACCCAUGCUGAAGGCCCGGGAGUACCACAGCUCAUCCGUGCUGGACGGGCUGCUCUAUGUGGGCGCCGACAGCACAGAGCGCUACGACCACACCACCGACUCCUGGGAGGCCCUGCAGCCCAUGACCUACCCCAUGGACAACUGCUCCACCACCGCCUGCCGCGGCCGGCUCUAUGCCAUCGGCUCCCUGGCUGGCAAGGAGACCAUGGUGAUGCAGUGUUACCACCCGGACACGGACCUCUGGUCGCUGGUGGACUGCGGGCAGCUCCCAACCUGGUCCUUUGCCCCCAAGACAGUAACUCUGAACGGACUCAUGUACUUCAUCAGGGACGACUCUGCUGAGGUGGACGUGUAUAACCCCACCAAGAACGAAUGGGAUAAGAUCCCAUCCAUGAAUCAGAUGCAUGUAGGGGGCAGCCUGGCCGUCCUCGGAGGGAAGCUCUACGUCUCUGGGGGGUACGACAAUACGUUUGAACUCUCCGACAUGGUGGAGGCCUACGACCCAGAGACGCGGGCGUGGAGCGUGGUGGGACGGCUCCCAGAGCCCACCUUCUGGCAUGGCAGCGUCAGCAUCUUCCGCCAGUUCAUGCCCCAGACGCCCUCGGGUGGGCGCGGCUUUGAGCUGGACAGUGGUGGUGGCGACGUGGAUGUGGGCCGGCCCCGGCCGCCGCAGAACCCCGUCGAACUGCACUAGCCCCGGCCUGGCCCCGGGAGGGCCUCGGGGCAGGUAACCCGGCACCUCUUGGGGGGCAGCACCCCCUUCCUUCGUGCACGAAGACAGGUUGGGCUCACCAGAUGGAGCACAGGCGCUCGGGCCACUGAGCUGAGCCAACCUCAGGAUCUGACACCUGGAGAGUUUCUGUGCGUUUAGAGCCUGAGUCACAGCUACUGGGGCCAAGGCUGGUGGUGGAUGCCCCUCCCUUGGUCCAGGAAGAGCUGCCUCCCUGCCGACACAUCUCACCGUCGCAGCACACACCCCUCCUGCAGCCACCACCUGUGCCUGUUAGCUCCCGCCUCCGGAGACGAGGGCCACUUCUGGGGUACGAGUGGAGGGGGAGGGGUCCUUCCAGAAGGGUGAGGAUGGCCUCGGCCUGCCUUCCUUCAGGCCUUCCUGUCCGGAGCAUCAAGAAUUAGGCAGACGAUGACUGCGGUGGGGUCCCGAGCUCCUCAGCCGGUGCUGAACACCCAGCAGGCCAGCUUCCCAGAUGGAGAGAGAGGCUCUACCUGCCUAGCUCCUCCCCACUGCUGGGGUCUCACACCAAAACACCCAUUGUGGGUGGACCUCCUGGAGGUGAGCUCAGACCUGGGGGCACAGGGCAGUGGGACAGGACAGGAGUGUGGCCUUGGAGGAGGCCUAGAGGGACUGCUGACUGUUAUGUCCCGAGUGGACCUGGGCUGAGGCAGAUGCUGGGUGUCCCUGUCUACACACCAACCAGCUGACAUGUCCCCAGCUAGCUGGGAGUCACCCGGACCUUCCUCCCUGGCCAGCGCAGGAGAAGCUUGCAAUGCAAGGUCACAGCUCACUGGGAGGCCCUGGGACUUUGUCGCUGAAGCCCAGCCAGGCAGACAGCUGCAGACACCCUUGCCCUCGCUGGCCUGCAAGUGGAGAGUCCUGUUGCUUCUCAAGGAAGCCCAGGGCAGGGGGGGCCUCAGUAGUUGGUUGCAAGUUUUCGAAAGUAGUUUGGCCUUUCCUUAAAAGAAGGAAGCACCUCGAAAUGGUCUGGUUUGUUUAAUUUUUAAUCUGUCACAGUCCCGUCACUGAAGCGCUCUGCGGGGUGGAGGUGCCUGGCUUCUCCAGGAGGGUGGUGGCAGGAGCUCCUGGGAAACCUUGUAGCUCAGGUGUCCCUGGUUUUCUCUGAGGAGUGAGCGUUUCGGGGGAUUGGUGGGCUCAUCCCCUCAAGGUUCCCGAGGUAGCCUUUGCUUGAAUUUGUCUUUUCCCUUCCAGAGGGGAGGGCGGUGACAUUUCCCUCGUUAGAUCAGUGUUCAUCCACAUGCUCUCACCAGGAGACAGAGGUUUCUCACUACUUCACAAAUGGCACUUAAAGCCCUUUCAUUGGCCAGAAGCCUCCUGGCCUUUGGGGCUGUCGGACAGGGCCCUGUCUUCCCUCCUGUGUGCCCACUGUGAGCCCUGGUGCGGUGUCGUGGCUGUCAAGUCCGCCGUCUGGCCCUGGAACCCCUCCGGGAUCAGCCACGGCUCACAGCUGGCCCUUCAGUCUUAGGUCGUGGCUCAGCUGGCCACUCGCAAGCCCCCAUGUGGUAGGCACAGUGGGAGGGCAGGGUAUGAGCGCCAGUACUUCCUGCCUCAGGCCUUGGCCAGCGUGGGUGCUCAGCCCUUUCCCUUGGGGGACCCCCCCAGUCUUUGCCUUCACCCCUCUUGGUCUGGUGUUCUCCCGCAGUGAGUUGGGGCUCCCCUGCCCCCCCCCCAGGAUGGUCGCAGCCCUCCCUUCCCUUCCCAGUGGUUACUGGGGCCUUUUUCUGGUGCAGGUGCCUGCCCGGCAAGGCAGGGCUGCAUGAGACUCAUGGAGUCCUGGUUAUAUAUAUAUAUACCAGUCACCAAGCCAGUGCCAGACUGCCCUGCCAAGUGGGCGUGACAUGCCACACGGGGAGAUGUUGGAUAGUUGCUGGGACACUUGUCUGGGGGACUUCCCCGGGGAGCAUGUAGACCUCGAUCUCCUGGGAAAGACUCUAGGUUCCUUCCCUUGGGCUGUCUCUGUGGAGGGCCUGGCAGCCCGGGAAGGCAGGACGGGGAGAGGGGUGGACUUAGACAUGUGCGGCGGUCACUGGAGCUCCCACUCCCUCCAGGCGGGUGUGGCUAUGCCUCUGGCGAGGGCAGUGACUCACAAGGGGAGCUUUUUUGCUGGGACAGGGGAGCUGCAAGCAUAUUUUUCUUAUUUAUAAGCUUUUGUAACCCCCUGCAGUGGUUAUGGUCAGCACUGAGGGCCAGAGCCUGGGCCUGGGCCUUUGUCUGGUCUUCCCUGGAUUUUUGGUGCUUUACCGUGGAACUGACCAUUCCACUCUGGUGACUGUUCAGGUGAUGGUUGGUUUAGUGGGGCCGGUGAUGUUCACUCUCUAGAACUGCCCGGGUCCCCACCACCGUCUUUUGUUUAAAAGACCAAAGAUGGGAAGGGGAGGCAGCAGGCACCACCUGGGGGUCCAGGAUCAGGCAUGACCCUUGAGAAACGUCUACUCCCUGCCCUGCCCUCCCCGCUUCUUGUGGGCACCAGUUCCAGGCUGUGGAGUUCCCAUCACUUACAGAUGUCUGUGCACCGACAGGCCGGGCCAGCUGGGGUAAGACUGUCUACAUGUUGGAUGUACACAACUUUUUCAGUCUAUAGGACAAAUUAAGUUAUGAAAACUCAGUGACUAGUAUUUAAUGCUGAUCUACUAUGAAGUGUGCUGUAUCUGACCCCAGAGACUUCCAUACUGGAGGGACCCCCCCCAGUGUCCAGCAUCCAGUUCCAGUCCCAGGCGGUGGAGCAGAUUUGCAUAUUUAUUUGUUCUGUAAGCUUACGUGUCUAGAAUCCCAUUUAAGGUUUUAGGAUGCCUUCAAUAUGUAUUUUUUGAAAUAAAAAUAUUUCCUAUACA